AUGAAAACUGCUAAAUUGGGAACUGAAGAUGCUACAUUCCCGGAUAGGAUCAGUAGAUUACCUAACGAUUUGCUCUUCCAAAUCCUCUCAUUAGUCACAAUAACCGAUGCAAUGAAGACAAGCUUAUUGUCUAAACGAUGGAAAUCUGUGUGGAAGAUGAUGCCAAUGCUUGAUUAUGAUAAAAACUCUUGUCCCAACAUUGGUUCCCUUGGAUUUGUCGAAUUCUGUAGGAGGUCAUUGCAAUUACAUGACGCUCCUGUUGUCAAAACCCUAAAUCUCAAACUUGGGGAACACGCUGGUUCCAUGGGUUCUCUCAAAUUCUUAAGUUUCCAAAAUAACCUUAGAGUCUUCCAAAAACUCGUCUUCCUGAAACUCGACACGAUUGUUCUUGAAUUUUCUGGUUCACCACCAAGAACAAUCUUUUCAGGUGAAUCACCGGUUUGUUUCCCUUCCCUGAGAAGUUUGCACCUCACAAAUGUGACGUUCAAGUGGGAAGAAUCUUUCUGCAGACUAGUAUCGGCUUGUUCUGUUCUUGAAGAUCUCUUCCUCGAAGGUUUUUGCAGAGUUGCCAUUUUUUUGUUCACUAUAUCAGUCCCUUCUCUACAGAGAUUGUCCAUCAUUACAGAACCUACCUAUUGUCUUCACAACGACCCGACAUUUGAGAUGAAUACUCCUUCUUUGAACUACUUAAAGAUCAUCCAUCGCCGAGGGUGUUUUAGUUUUGUUGAGGAUAUGCCUAAUUUGGUUGAGGCAAAUGUGUUAGGUCAUCUUGUUGACAAUGUCAAACUUCUGAAAGUUCUUACUUGUGUUGAACGUCUUUCGAUAGAUUUAUAUCCUGUAAUGAUGCUUCAUCUUGCCGAUGGAUUAAUAUUCAACCGGCUUCUACAUCUGGAAAUAGACACUUUCUAUGAUUUUCGGUCGAAUUCAGUUCUGCAUUUUCUGAAACAUUUUCCUGCUUUACGAGCUCUCAAACUCAACCACAGUCAUAGGAGGAUUCAUAUCAAUAUCGAGUAUCCACCGGAUUUAUACUCAGAACCGAGCUCUGUUCCUGAAUGCUUGAGCUUCCAUCUCGAAACUCUUCAAUGGAUUGGGUAUGAAAGAACACUAGAAGAGAGAGAAUCAGCGGUUUACAUUCAGAAAAACGCUCAUCGUUUAAAGACUGCUACGUUCUCUCUACGUUCAACGAUCACAGACCAUCGUAUGCUGAUGAUAAAGGAUUUGAGAUGUAUGACUAAAGCUUCAGCAUCAUGUCAGCUUGUAAUUAAAUUUUAG